GAUCUGCUUCUUCUCAAUCCUUCACUUCACUCGAGGCUUCUACGAAACCCUGCUCCUCCAUUAUCUCCCAAUUGCCAAAUCUCAGUUUCCCAAAAAAAUCCCAUCUUGGUGCUCAAUUUUCAUACCCAGUUUGAUGUAGAGGAUCCAAUUUCUCAGAGAAUGUAGAUUGAAGCUUCAAGCAAUGGAUCAGGGAGUGUGGUACGAUACGAAGCCUGCAAAGGUCUCAAAAAGAGUUUGGUUAGUAAUUAACAAAUCAAUGGGACUCCUCGUGGGUGGGAAUCACACCUCCUCCAGAGAUAACUCCAACACCAAAUCAGUUCGGUUUUGGCCGAAAGUCAGAGCUCAAAUGAAGCUCUUGAAGCUCCAGAUCCUUCAUGGAUCGCUUGCCCAGCGCGUUUUCUUCCGCACGUUCUUUAUCGCCGCGGCUAUGUCUGUGAUUCCCUUGGUUCACAUUUUGUCCGGGUCUUACAUGAGAAUGUUCAACUUCGUGAGCACUAUUGACUGCGCCUCUGAAUUAGGGAGUGACAAUGUGAACCUGGACCCGGGAAAGUUCAUCUUCCAGACCCGGUUUCUGAAUCCCAUUUGGGGUAGCUUCGAUUCGGAGCAGUGCAAGCAAGAUGUGAACUUGACUGUCACUGUGGUCAGAGAGCUAAUGAGCAAGCAGCUUUUGAAUGGUGAUAAGGCUCUCUGUGUCGGUGAGGGAUCGGCCUCAGCAGUGAUGGCGUUGCAGGAUUUGGGGUUCCCCAAUGCGAGAGGUAUUUAUGAACACCGAUUCUUCUCUCUCAAGCGGAAGCAGUUUGUGUAUGAGAUUGACUAUGAGGACAAGUCGUUUGACUUUUUGUUCUGUAGGGAUCUAGACAAGGUUUCUGUCCCUGCUCUGCUUGUGCUUGAGAUUGAGCGUGUUCUUAGCCCCGGUGGAAUUGGGGCUAUGCUUGUUGGUAGCAGUGGUUUGGCUCCGAAUAGCCUCAUAAGGUCUGCUACCCCGAUAUCUUCAUUGCUGAAGAGUUCCAGUGUCGUGCAUGUUAAUCAUAUUAGCAAUUUCACACUGGUUGUGUUCAGGAAGAGUUACGAAAAUGCUGGCCUAUUUGAGCAGUAUCGCCUUCCGGCUGACUGCCAGUCCCUCACAAACAAUAGACCUGUCAUUGAGAAAAUAGAACCUCUUGUGAUGGAAAAGCCAGUGUAUGAUGGGGAAGCAGUUUAUCUGCCUGAUGUUAUUGAUGUUUCCUCCAAGAAGCGGUUGGUUUAUAUCGAUAUUGGGGCAGCAGAGCACCUGAAAUCAAAUGUUACAAACUGGUUCCUGCCUUCGUAUCCGAUUACACACAAAGCUUUCCAUGUCUAUUUUGUUGACCACAACACUUCUGUGCUAUUGUCCUAUGUCAAAAAGCCAGGAAUCACAUUCGUUUAUCAUCCAGGGCUGGCUGGAAUCAAGGAUAAGAGCAAUGUUAACAUCGAAGGAGAUGCAGAGCCCUACAUUGCAGAUGAAGGGUUUGAUUUUCUUAUCUGGUUCAAGGAAACAGUACAACGUGCCGAGUUUGUGGUGCUCAAAAUGAAUGCAGGCAGUGUAGAAUUAAAGUUCCUGAGGGAUCUAUUUGAGAGUGGAGCCAUUUGCUUUGUCGAUGAGCUGUUUCUUCACUGCUCUGGCAACAUAGACGGCGAAGGUCCAAUGCCGGUAGACUGCAUGGACAUCUUCAAGAGCCUCCGGAGCAGUGGUGUGUAUGUGCAUCAGUGGUGGGGAGAAGACAACCCCGUUGGUGUUCUGUGAUGGUGUCAUGUUUGAUUCGAUCAUCUCGUGAUCUGAUCUUGUUGUUUUGUUUAACUAGUACGUCAUUAUGUGGGGAAGGAACAUCUUAUUGCUUUUUUUGGUUGGGGCAAUAAUUAUUAAGCUAAAUAAACAA